GGAGGGGGCUCUGUGGCUGACUCUUCAGUUCCCUACCACGCCAAUAUUCGCCCCGGUUCGUGUCUCCACACCAAGGGAAAUCGAAUUAAGGCGCUGGCGAGGUCAGGACGUUCGGUUCUCAAUUCCUCCUCUCUCGCCAGACUGGCACCUGGGGCCGCACUAGCACCUCGAGACAAUACCCAACUAGGUUGCAGGGCAGCUCUGGGAACUACAAUUCCCAGGAUGUCCCUGGCCACUUCCGGUCUCGGGAUCGACGGAGGCGGUUUGAAUUUGUGUUCCCGCCCCCUCCUCCUUCCGGACCCCGCCCCUUCCCUUCUCUCGGCGCCCUGCCCCCGCCAUGCGCACGCAUGCACAGACACACAGGCAGCCGUCCACGCCAACAUACCUGGCCUGCAGCUGGCGCGGUGGGCGGGGACACUGGCGUGCGGCUGGCCAGGAGGCAGGAGGCGCGCCGGGAGCGAAUGCCGCGGCCGCUGCCUGGUCCCGGUCUUCUCGGGGGUCUACGCAGCCUUGUGCCGGGCAGCUCUCCACAACACUACCUUUUCAAGCUGCAUUUCUUUAGUUUUCGCCGUUCUCGAUCCCGCCCCUCAGUCAGACCGACUGCCAGCGUCAGCUCUGGGGCGCCCAGCCUGUCAGGCCAGCCCUGCACCCCUCCUAGUGAACCCCAAGGCCCUGGAGCCCAGCCUCUCGGUGAAUGGCAGCGAUGGCAUGUUCAAGUAUGAGGAGAUAGUACUUGAGCGGGGCAAUUCUGGUCUGGGCUUCAGCAUUGCAGGUGGCAUCGACAACCCCCAUGUCCCUGAUGACCCUGGCAUCUUUAUUACCAAGAUCAUCCCCGGUGGAGCAGCUGCCAUGGACGGGAGGCUGGGGGUGAAUGACUGUGUGCUCCGGGUGAAUGAGGUGGACGUGUCGGAGGUGGUGCACAGCCGGGCUGUGGAGGCCCUGAAGGAGGCGGGCCCUGUGGUGCGGUUGGUGGUACGAAGGCGACAGCCCCCACCAGAGACCAUCAUGGAGGUCAACCUGCUCAAAGGGCCCAAAGGCCUGGGUUUCAGCAUUGCUGGGGGGAUUGGCAACCAGCACAUCCCAGGAGACAACAGCAUCUACAUCACCAAGAUCAUCGAGGGGGGUGCUGCUCAGAAAGAUGGACGCCUACAGAUUGGGGACCGGCUGCUGGCGGUGAACAACACCAAUCUGCAGGAUGUGAGGCAUGAGGAAGCUGUGGCCUCACUGAAGAACACAUCUGACAUGGUCUAUCUGAAGGUGGCCAAGCCAGGCAGCCUCCACCUCAACGACAUGUACGCACCCCCUGACUACGCCAGCACUUUUACUGCCUUGGCUGACAACCACAUAAGCCAUAAUUCCAGCCUGGGUUACCUCGGGGCUGUGGAGAGCAAGGUCAGCUACCCUCCUCCUCCUCAGGUUCCCCCAGCUCACUACUCUCCCAUCCCCAGGCACAUGCUGGCUGAGGAGGACUUCACCAGAGAGCCCCGCAAGAUCAUCCUGCACAAGGGCUCCACAGGCCUGGGUUUCAACAUCGUAGGCGGAGAGGAUGGAGAAGGCAUUUUUGUCUCCUUCAUCCUGGCAGGAGGCCCAGCUGACCUGAGUGGGGAGCUGCGCAGGGGAGACCGGAUCUUAUCGGUGAAUGGCGUGAACCUGAGGAACGCAACUCAUGAGCAGGCUGCAGCUGCUCUGAAACGGGCUGGUCAGUCAGUCACCAUUGUGGCCCAGUACAGACCUGAAGAGUACAGUCGCUUUGAAUCGAAGAUACAUGACUUGCGAGAACAAAUGAUGAACAGCAGCAUGAGCUCUGGGUCUGGGUCCCUCCGAACAAGCGAGAAGAGGUCCUUGUAUGUCAGGGCCCUGUUUGAUUAUGACCGGACUCGGGACAGCUGCCUGCCAAGCCAGGGGCUCAGCUUCUCCUAUGGUGAUAUUCUGCAUGUCAUUAAUGCCUCUGAUGAUGAAUGGUGGCAGGCAAGACUGGUGACCCCACAUGGAGAAAGCGAGCAAAUUGGCGUGAUCCCCAGUAAGAAGAGGGUGGAAAAGAAAGAAAGAGCUCGAUUGAAAACUGUGAAGUUCCAUGCCAGGACUGGGAUGAUUGAGUCUAACAGGUCGAUCAAAACGAAACGUAAAAAGAGUUUCCGCCUCUCUCGAAAGUUUCCAUUUUACAAGAGCAAAGAAAACAUGACCCAGGAGAGCAGCAUACAGGAACAGGGAGUGACAUCCAACACCAGUGACAGCGAAAGCAGUUCCAAAGGACAAGAGGAUGCUAUUUUGUCAUAUGAGCCAGUGACACGGCAAGAAAUUCACUAUGCAAGGCCUGUGAUCAUCCUGGGCCCAAUGAAGGACAGAGUCAACGAUGACCUGAUCUCGGAGUUCCCACAUAAGUUUGGAUCCUGUGUGCCACAUACUACCCGGCCUCGACGUGAUAAUGAGGUGGAUGGACAAGACUACCACUUUGUGGUAUCCCGAGAACAAAUGGAGAAGGACAUUCAGGACAACAAGUUCAUCGAGGCUGGCCAGUUCAACGACAAUCUCUAUGGGACCAGCAUCCAGUCAGUGCGAGCAGUGGCCGAGAGGGGCAAGCACUGCAUCUUAGAUGUUUCUGGCAAUGCUAUCAAGAGGCUGCAGCAAGCACAACUUUACCCCAUUGCCAUUUUCAUCAAGCCCAAGUCCAUUGAAGCACUCAUGGAAAUGAACCGACGGCAGACAUACGAACAAGCAAAUAAGAUCUAUGACAAAGCCAUGAAACUGGAGCAGGAGUUUGGAGAAUACUUCACAGCCAUUGUACAGGGUGACUCACUGGAAGAGAUUUAUAACAAAAUCAAACAAAUCAUUGAGGACCAGUCUGGGCACUACAUUUGGGUCCCAUCCCCUGAAAAACUCUGAAGAAUCCCCUCCAACCAUUCUCUUGUGAACAGAAGAAAUCAAGUCCCUCUUCCCUCCUCCCUCUUCAUUCCUGUCCCCACGGGGAGAACAAAUGACUACUGUUCUUGUCCCCUUUUUUAGAUAUGUCAAAAAAAAUUGAGUUUUCUAGUCCUGUUCUGUUUUUUUUUUAAUUUUUGUUUUGUUUUAGUUUAUUUUUUGGGAUGAUACCAUCUAUCUCACUCAUCAUGUGACUGUGCCCAUUCCUGCAUGGACCUUUCCCAAGCACUAGCACAGGUGCAAAUCCAUCAGAGUCAUUGUUUUCAUAAAAACCAAGCAGAAGCGAAGAGAAGAGAGGAGGACUGAUGGAAAGACAGACUCUGGACAGCUGCACGGCUGGUGAAGUGAGCUCAAUGCACCACGUGAUGAGAUGCUCCUGGGCAUUUCUACCUAUCUGUACUGCUGUCAUGCAGCUCUGAACGGUGCAACGUAAUGGCAACAGAAAGUAUCUUAUUUAUAUAUAGAUAUAUAUAUGUAAUUUAUAUAAAAUAUAUAGAAAUUAUUAUAUAUAUAUAUUAUACACUCUCAUAUAAUAUAUAUAUAUUCACACACAUUUGGACUAGAAAAUCUAUGGAGACUUCAUCAAUGGUACUGUGUUAUUAGAGAAAUGCUUUAAUUUUCAUAUUCCAAUCAGAUGGCAUCUUCUAUCCCAACUGGUUGGGGAGGAAUUGAAAAUGGUAGUAAGUGCUGUACGACGGGCACUCGCAUUUGGUCAUUCUCUUGAGAGCUGGGGGAUCUCUAGGAGGGGGUCAGCCAGUGGCCUGCGAGAAAGGGUUUUUGCCUGGGGGUGAGAGGGUUCGAGACGUGACCCUAAAGCAGCUGCUGCCCUUGAGGUGCAGUCAGUCCUGUGUGUGGAAAGAGAGAAUGGCUAACGAUGCUCCAUAUUAAAUUGCGUAUUGUUUUAUGCCACCUGAUAUGUCUGCAUGAGAGGUUUCUUUUUUGUUCAUUUUUAAGCUGCUGUUAAACCAAAACCAUGUUGUG